AUGGAAUUGAGAUUCUCGUCGGUGCUGGUGUUGGUGUUAGUGAUCCAAAGCUGUGGAGCAAGACCCCAAACCUCUGACAAUCUUGAUGUUGACGUGAAAUCGGUCUUGACGUCGAUUUUCUCAACCGAUGAAAAUCGGGCCACAAAUGCUCAAGUAGUACUCAAUUUUCAGAAUAUGGCCUCGAAGAAGAACCCUGAUCAUGAUAAUGCUCAGAAUCCAUUGUUUACCACAGUUGAUUCAGCUCUUUUGAAUCGUGUGACGUACAGCGCUUUUCAAUCGUUGGUGGCGACUUUCACAACUCCGAGUGUCGAUGUGGAUGAUCCGAUGACGGAUAAUGGUAUUGUAUCCGAUGUCUCGACUUUCAUCCAACAGCUUAACAAGAUCUGGUUCACUCCUUUUCGCCAGGAAUUCGGCUGUGGGAAGUUCAGGCUUCGAAUCAUUCUUUGUCGGCGAGACUCAAGGAAACAAUGUGAUUCGGGCGAACAACUGGCUGGGCUUCUACUUCAAGGAAAGAGACUCCGUUUU